AUGUUCAUCAACCAACAAGCCAACAACGGUAGCACCAGCCGCUGCAAUGACAGCAACCAUGGCUCUGACUCCUCAGCCUCCAACCCCACCUCUGUCAACAACGCAGACUACGACUACGAGUCCGACUACGAGUCCGACACGUCGUCAAUCCGCUUCCACGACCCCGUGACCGCCGACGACAUCGCGCGCUGGGUCAAGCUGUUCAACUACACACCAGAAACCGCGUCACAAAAACUCCACGAACUGCGCCGCGACCCCCUGACGCACGGCGCCGACUUCCCCGACGCCGACUGGGCCGACUUCCAGCUCGACCACCCCCCGCACGACGGCUGGGACCGCGAAGCGUACGAGCACGUGCGCGCGCGCGCCGACAUGGCCGCACUCCUGCGCCGCGUCCUCCCGUCACGCACUCCGCCGGCCCCUGUCUACCUCGUCAAGCUCGACGGGCCGCUCGGCUGCGCAGAAGCCGUGCAGGCCGCCGCGGGCCUCGCUGCCCCGCCGCAGACCUGCGCUGCUGCGCCCGAGGCCGGCGGGACGCAGGUGCGGUUCUGCCGCGUCGCAGGCGAGGCCGCGCGGCGUGGCAUCCUCGCGUGGGCCGACGCUCGCAGAACCAGCAAAUGGCGCCCGACGGUGCUGCGCGACUGGGCAGCCCGCAAGGCCCUGUCCGCCCGCAGCCUCGACUCGGAGCUCGGCGUCGGCAGCGAACUGCCGCAAAACCGACCGCGGAAUCUAGAGGCAGGCGACGCGCGCCUGCGGCCUGCCCAGCACGCGUAUCCCGUGUGGUAUUUCGUGUACGAUGGUGCGCUCGCGGAGCAGCCUGCGACGCUGCAGCGCGUGCUUGGUGGAGAGGAGGACGUGGUGUCGCGCGCUGCGAGGACCUUUGGCGGGGAGAUUGUCGCGUGGGGCGCGGGCGCGUACAGAGGGAUGGUGGAUGCCGAGAUGGACGGGUGGGAGAGUGUUGUGGAGGGCCGCGCGGUGCUGGUUGGGGAUCGUGAGGCGGAGGAGGCGCUGCGGUAUCACCAGACGAGCCAGUACGAGGUCGCGAGAUGCGAUAUUGAGAUGGUGGACGGCGAAAAGGAGAUGGUUAGGGGCCUGACGUUUCGGUUUGUGGGGGUGGCGGAUAGGGAUGAUUUUUAUGGGUUCCGUGUUUAG